AUGGAGUAUCUUCCAGUAGAGGUCAUUGGGAACAUACUAUCACGGCUUGGGGCUGCCCGAGAUAUUGUAAUUGCAUCUGCAACAUGCCGAAAAUGGCAAGCAGCAUGGAGGAAUCAUCUACAUACCCUCACAUUUAAUUCUAAUGAUUGGUCUCUGUAUCAUGAGUUCUCCACAAGCAGACUUGAGAUACUCAUUACUCAAACGAUAUUUCAAAUCAGUGGACUGCAGUGCCUUACAAUAAUUCUCGAUGAUGUGGAUGAAUUCUCUGCUGCCCCAGUUGUUGCUUGGCUCAUGUACACAAGGGAAACAUUGCGUCAGCUGCAUUAUAAUGUAAGGACGACCCCUAACAUUAACAUUCUUGAAAAAUGUGGUAGGCAGAAGCUUGAAGUGUUGGCUUUGUCUCACAAUACUAUUACAGGGGUUGAACCCAGUUAUCAGAAAUUUCCCUGCUUGCGAUCUCUCUCUCUGAGCUAUGUCAGUGUAUCAGCAUUAGAUCUGAGUCUUCUUCUCACUGCCUGUCCAAAAGUUGAAGUCCUGACCCUUGUCAGUCUAGACAUUGUUAUGUCAGAUCCACAGGCAACAAUGGACUUGAGCAGUAACUCAUUGAAGGAUAUUUAUGUUGAAGCAAUCAGCUUGGAUAAGUUCAUAUUGGAAGCUGAUAGCCUGGAGAAGUUGCACUUGAAAGAUUGUACACUUGAUGUUUUUGAGCUUGUCGGCAAGGGGAUGUUGAGGUUCCUGAAGAUCGAUGAUGUUAGUGUCAUACAUCUUGAUAUUGGUGAGAGUGCUGAAAAUCUCGAGGUUGUGGAUGUGAGCAAUUUUACUAUCAUGUGGGCAAAGUUCCAUCUUAUGAUCUCAAGAUCAUCAAAGUUGAGAAAGCUUAGGCUUUGGGGUGUUGUGUUUGAUGAUGAGGACGAGGUGGUUGAUAUAGAGACUAUUUCUUCAUGCUUUCCUUUAUUAAGUCAUCUAUCCCUGAGUUAUGAUCUACGAGAGGCUGCAAUCCAAUAUGGAUUGCAAGGUUCAUUUGUUUUGGAGAAUGUGGUUGUGUUGGAACUUGGGUGGACAGUAAUUAGUGAACUGUUCUCACAUUGGGUGUCCGGACUUCUAGAAAGGUGUCCACAUCUUAGGAAGUUAGUCAUCCAUGGGGUUGUUUCAGAGACCAAAACCCAUGAAGAAUGCAAUCUGCUAGCCAACUUCACAUCAUGUAUUGUAAGACUCAUGAGGAAGUACCUGCAUGUAGAGGUUCAAUUCGAAUAUGAAUAG